AUGGCCCCGCAACCUGGCGGUCAACUCACAUCGACUGGCUAUGUUCCCUCCCCACUGUCGGCAGAGGCAGCCUCUCGUUCUGAAACAGUGUCUCCUAAUGCACGAGUGCAAGCAAGCCAUCACCGCAUGAACGAGAUGAUGUCGGCGUCGGGCUCUGAUCAGCCGAGAACGGGUAGCAACGGUCAACCCGCACGCUCUAUGGUCAACCGGAUUGGUCUCGCCGAUCGCGACUUACCUCCCAUCAAUUCUCCAUCCCAAAGGACACCCACUCCCAUCUCUCGACAGAACUCCGGCUCUUCGUCCUCUGUCCUCCCAAUCUCCAUGAGACCCCAAACCACCGUAGGAAGGAAACAGCGAACAGAAGGACAGCAAGCACAGAACGAGCAGAUCAGCAGCCUUCAAAGCCAGUCGAACGUACAGUCGCAACUCACCACGUUGCAAACAAAGCUGGAUACCCUAAUCAGCCGAUUCGACAGCUAUGUGCGAGAGCGAGAUCAGCAAGAUGAGCUGCGAGAUCAGGAACUGAAGUCGUUGAAACAAGAGAUGGCAGAUAUGAAGGAGAAGGAGAGAGAAGAUGGAUCGUCGACGGAUGCGGAGGUUCGGCCCAGCAACGCCCCGACCGAGACCCAGAAGAGGGACAUCUCCCGGCUCGUCAAGAGUGCCAUCCAAGCUCUUUACGGCCAGGCGAAGCCGUCCGUAGGAUCCGAUCGAUGCGAAGGAGACGAUAUGCGCUGGAACUACCUGGAAGAGCCAACAUCGACUCACAAUCAUAACCAGAGUCUCAGGGUGAUCGCCGCCGUUGUCGAACAACGAGAGUCGCUAUCCCUUCCAUACGAUACCAAUCGGGCCUCGAUCCUCGAGUACAAGGAUGCAACAGAUCUGUACUGGUCCGCGAUUAAGGCGCAAUUCGCCAAGCAUCAGUCGACCUUCAGAAAACAAGCGAUCAAGGAUUGGGGAACGGGAGGUGAAGACGGACCUCGAGCUGCGGCCGUAGCUAAUCUGGCGGCAAAGGAGGAAGAGCUCCAGGCUUUGGAGGAGGAGGGAGGCGCGACAGUAGAUAUCAUCAGCUUGCAGCAAGAGAUCGACACACUGAGGGAGAAGAUUGAGUCGAACGACGACAAGUAUGAGGCUUACCUGGAGAACAAGUCGAAUGGGGUCCGGAGCAAGUUGACGGCAAUGGAGAAACUUAUGCAGAACCGACGUACUUUCACGGCAUAUUCCUCGCCCCAAUACGAAGGACUGGAAUGCUGUUACUGGUUGCCGGCGUUGUAUCCUGUCAUCUCUGGUGACGAGACCAAAUGGUAUCGUCCCAAUACCAAACCGGUUCUGUCGGAGAAGUUCAUGAAGCUGUACAACACUAUCAAGGACACAAAAGUCGUCAGUGCGGGCUCUCGUCAAGGCGGCAAACCACCUAGCGGACCUACCUUUGAAGCAGAGGAGUCGUACCCCGAAGGUUUCGAGCCCCGCGUCGUCCAGAUGUAUCCCGUCCCGAAUCACAGCUUCCUACAUCAGGCCCCGCAGCGAUGGAUCUUCACCAGCGCCUUCCUAGAGGAUCCCGAGAACGAGGAUGCUGUUCGGAACAUCGUCCCGGUUGACGUACCGACUUCGUUCGAAGACGUCAAGCAGCUCGAAUGGUACAAGAACCAUCCCUGGGUUUUGCAGAAGGCUCGAAACGAAGCCAGGAAAGCCAAGGUCGCUGCUGCUGGAGGCAAGAAGGCCGCUGCCGGAAGCAAGAAGGCUUCCAAGGCUGUUGCUGGAGAUAAACGCCGCCGACAGGGGUCUAGUCAGCCUACCGAUACCGACCGAUCUCAAUCGGCAACUGCCGGUCCCAGCAACCCUCACCGAGCCCGUGCCGCCCAGUCCGCCCAACGUACCAUCAAGAAGGCGAGAGCCGCCCCCAACGAUACCGGCACCGGCUCGGAGUCCACGACCUACCCGUUCAGUCCCGACGGCGGAACCGAUACAGAGGGUUACAAGUCCCCGCCCCCGGCAACUACACUUGGUCUGGAUCAGCCGGGCUUGUCCAACACCACCUGGAUGUCGGGACAGGCAUACGCACCGCACAAUCCCGACCCGUACUCCCGUCCUACUGCCACGCCCUUUCAAUAUGUCUCCAAUCAUCAGCCUGCGCAACAGCAGCAGCAGCAGCGCUUUCACUUACCCGCUCAGCCAACUUCGAAUCCGAUCAGUCCGGAAAUGAUGAUGCAGUUUCAGCAAUGGCAACAUCUCCAACAAAACGGCGGACAGAACACCCAGCCUACUCACAAUUCACGCUACCAACCUCAACCCCCAACCUCGACUCUUUCCCACUACGCCACCAUGAUGUCCACGCCUUUGAACGGAGGUCCUGCCCAGCAUCUCCCGUUCAACGGGGGUGGUCGCUCUCCUUUGCCUGGUCCCCAACACCAGUUCAUCAAUUACGAACAAUGCGACCCAUCCACCAAGACUUACUCACACGAAUCCACCGGGGAUCCUUUCUUUGAUUAUAACAACCGAGCCAGCAGUUCCGGUGCCCGCGCUCCUCCCGGUCGAUGA